CAAGUGAGCCAUGUCAAAACUCGCCUGCCCACCUUGUCUUAGAGAAGGUAUGCACACACACCUUCACCAGCUCAGCUCCAGUCUACAGCUCCAGUCGCUCUCUCAGGGUCUGUAGCACCAUACACACAUCUCCCCUCACCAUGUCUAUUGUUGUGUACUUCAGCAGCGCCAGUGGCUCUAGAGAGGUGAAGCAGAGGCAGAGUGAGAUCUUCCAGUUUUUGGACUCAAAGAAGAUCAUCUAUCGUGCGCUGGACAUCACACAGAGCUCAGAUGUGAAAGACGAAAUGAGGAGGAAGGUGGGGAACAACACAGCUCUGCCCCCUCAGAUCUUCAACGGAGACAAAUACUGCGGGGACUAUCAAGCGUUCUCAGACGCAGUGGAAGACGGCAAACCAGAGGCGUUCUUCAAACUCUGAGACACAACACUGAAUUCCAUAAUCUUUUUUAAUGUGCAAUCAUCAAUAAAUAUAUGUGCCAAACUGA